GAGCGCGCGACAUGCUGGGGUUUAUGGACUAUGUGCAAAACGCCUUCUACGAGGCCACGCACUGGAACCAUGACAACUCCUACUCCUACUUGACGGCCACCGCCCAAGCGCUCCUCGACUUCCAGACGCCUCGCGGCUUGUGCCUCAACCUCUCCUCCCUCUCGUCGCCCAAUUUCGCCACGUCAUACUCCAUCGGCACCAUUGGCGUCGUCGAUGGCUCUCUCUCCUACCUCUAUUCGUCUCUGGCGCUCGAUGCCAAGUCCAGGAGCAAUGAUAUAGACCUGCACCACCUCGUGCGAGGCUAUCGCCACUUGAAAGAGCUGAGGAGGCCGGAUGAGCCGUGGUGGUGGGAAAUAUGGCACGGGGGAAGGCGGGUAGAUCGGAAAGCUACGGCGCUCUACGGGCGAAUCUACCUACCGACCAACUCCCUCGAAGCGUUGUACCUUCGUAGAGUCUCACCGACGCGGCAGCUGAGGAUUGCUUGCGUCAGCGAUUCCAACGUGAGCAAUGGCGGGACGAUUCUCGGUGUGGUGCAAAACGACUAUGGCAAGUACAGCACGGAAUACCUGUACAGCACGGACAGCGCGCUGCUGGGGGUUCGCGGCCUCUACAACUUCGGGCCUGAUCCGAGAAACCCCACCGCGGAGGAAGCCAAGACUCUCAGCCCGGAACGUGUCAGCGGCAUGUUCAGCGCGGGUGCCGAGCUCUACUACGGCAUUUUGAACAAAAGCGGCGGGAUGAGCACUGGUCUGAGGUUCACGACGCUGCCGCAACACACGGGGUUCCCCUACACGAUGACGCUGACACUGAACCCGCUGAUGGGCAGCUUGUCUUCCACAUACGCGGUUAAAGCGGGGCACAAUGUCUCGCUGUGCUCUCGCUUCGACUUCAACUUUUACUCUUACGAAAGCGAUCUUCAGCUGGGCUGCGAGCUGUGGCAACGCAGGAAGGAGACGGAGGUGGAAGAAUGGGCGGCGCGGCUGAUCCGGCCCGAGUGGAAGCAACAGCAACAGCAGCAGCAGCAGCAGCAGCAGCAGCAGCAGCAGCAGCAGCAACAACAGCAACGUCACACGGCGGCAGACGACGACGUGUCGGGCGUGAUCAAGGCCCGGGUUGACCAGAAGUGGCGGAUAGGAGUGCUGUGGGAGGGACGCAUCAAGGAGCUCCUGUUCACCCUGGGCGCCAGCUUCGACCUGAAACGACGGGAGCAGAUCUUUCGGGCGGUUGGCGUCGAGGUGCAGUAUUCAUCCUAGCCCGAUCGCAGAUCCCGUCGGGGCGGAGGAAGCACGGGUUUUCCCAGGCAUGACACGAGCUGCCAAGGCGCGUUGAAACGGGGAAGGAUUGGUUGGAUUGCUAGACAGGGGGAGCGGGGGCGCGUCAGAGGCAGCAGCAGGCGCGACAGAAAGCGGCGAAUCGCGCGACUGGCGGGGCUUAGCGCGGCUUCCCCCUUGGGUCGUCGGACGGCGGGCGCCGGGCGUUCCUGCAGAAGCGGCCGGGCCUAGGGCGUAGUGUGUGUGCAAGCCCCAACCCAACUUUUGUGUGUAGGUAAAAAUAAUACCACCG